AUGGAUUUAGAGAAGCCUGACUUGAAGGGCGCGAAUAAAGGGAGGAUUCCCACGAGUUCAUUGACGAGACUAUUGAAUGAGUCAAGCUCCAAUACUAGUACUCCAAGAGCUACCACGCCAACUCCGAAGGAAGAUUCAAGCGACCUGGACUCGGGGAUUACUGUUACUCCGCUAGGGGCAAAGGGUCUCAAUAGGAAUGGUCGUCCAGGAUCCCUUGAAGGCGUAUCUCAUUUAACUAUCAAUGAUAGUGAUCUGCCUGCGGCCGACCCCGGUAGCACCUCCGAGUCUACCUUGAAAGCUCAACCUAAAGUCAUUAGUGGAUUUGAUUCUUCAUCAGUUCCGCAACCAAUACCUGGCUCUCCAAGGACUCCAGGAGACAAAUCAAUGGCCAACUCUAAUGCAAAUUCGUACCAAUUUAAAGACGCAGCGGUCAAGCCUCCUUCGGAGAGUCCUAGGUAUAUCAGAGCAAACUCUACUCACUCCUUAUUUUUGGGCUCUGGAGGGAGUGACAACCUUUCAACUUCAAUUCCAUAUAGUGCACCAGGCGGAAAGAGCAAUCUGUCUAUUUCGCACAAUAGUCAUUCUAGCGCAACGCUUUCGAAUCUGUUCAAUAACGAAUGUGCAUCACACAUUCCAAACUUGCCAAAUGGUCAACAUAUCUCGUCUAUUCACAUUCAAUCUCCUCAAGUGAGUUCUUCUUCGAUCGAACCUCGAUUCGUUAUUUCAAAACAAAGAGUAGCGCAAGCACAAGCUGCUCAGGCUGCGGCAAGCUUGAGCUCUUCUCAGAGAUCAAAUUCUCAAUCGGGCUUGUCUUAUCUUUUUUCUUCUAAACACAGACAUUCUUCAAAGGGAUCAUCUACUGAUUUAGGGUCAUUAUAUAAUAACUCCUACCAAGAUCAAGCGCUUCAAAGUUGUUCUCCCUCAUCUGUCUCGUCGGCCGAAUCAGCUGGCUCGGUUGCAUUCGCUUCUCAGUCAAGGCACAAUUCAAUGGCUAAUUUGAAAAGAUUUUUCAAAAAAAGUCCAACUCCUCAUUCUCCCACCACUCCGGUGUCAAAUUUAUCAGCUUCAUUGCGCUCAGUUGGAGCCAACAGUAAUAGUGGUGCUACUACUCCUGGCAGUGGAUCCUUCCAAUCGGGUUCAUAUGGACAGCCGAUAACGGCCUCUUCAUCGAAUGCUUCCUUUUCCCAGUCACCAGGUAAUUUUACACCUGGGUCUCAUUCUAUCAGCAGAACAUCUACAUUGCAGAAUAAAAUCAACUACCAAGAAAGAAGGGGUUCGGUAGCUAACGUAAUUAACCAGCAACAACAGUUACCAUUUUCUAAAAGGUAUGGAAAAUUUGGAGAAAGUUUGGGAGCGGGUGCUGGUGGAGCUGUCAAACUAGUAACAAGAUUAUCAGAUAAAAAAGUCUUCGCCGUUAAAGAAUUCAGAAGUAAAUAUCAAAAUGAGUCAAAGAGGGACUAUGCAAAGAAAAUCACCGGAGAGUAUUGUAUAGGAUCAACUUUGAAGCACCCUAACAUUGUCGAAACAGUGGAAAUUUGUUACGAAAAUGAAAGGAUUUUACAAGUGAUGGAGUAUUGCGAUUAUGAUUUGUUUGCAAUCGUCAUGUCUAAUCAAAUGUCAAGAGAGGAGAUCAAUUGCUGCUUCAAACAGGUCUUAAAUGGGAUUCACUAUUUACAUUCGUUGGGAUUGGCUCAUAGAGACUUGAAGUUAGACAAUUGUGUUAUUGAUAAAAGAGGUAUCGUUAAAAUAAUUGAUUUUGGCUCUGCUGUUGUAUUUUCUUACCCCUUUUCUAAAACUUUAAUCGAAGCACUGGGUAUCGUUGGCUCGGACCCUUAUCUCGCGCCUGAGGUAUGUGUGUUCAAUAAGUACGACCCUCGACCAGUGGACAUUUGGUCCGUUGCUAUCAUAUAUUGUUGUAUGAUGUUAAAAAAGUUCCCGUGGAAAGUUCCAAAAUUCACUGAUAAUAGUUUCAAAUUAUUUGCGACCAGAGGAGAGGGUCUUACGCUUAGCGAAAUGCUUGUGAAGACUCCUCCAGACUGCUUUUCGACGGGUUUAGAUAGCAUUCAAGAGGCUAGUGUCGCGGAGCCAGAUCAGCAGUCGGGAUCAGCCCCAGGCAAUGGAGAAGGAAAACUGCACACAUCUAAUGAAACUGGACCUGGUAGGUUGCUACUUGCUUUGCCAGAGGAUUGCCGCUCAUUGAUUGGAAAGAUGGUUGAAAUGGCCCCUGCAUGUCGUAUCACCAUAGAUGAAUGCUUUAAUGACGAAUGGCUUCAAUCAGUAAAUAUGUGUACUGUGAUAGAGACUCCAAAUGAAUCCUCUGAGCUUAUUAAAUGCGAUGAUCAUGUUCAUACUGAAGUGAGUCAGGCAAUGGCUCAUAUUGCUGCGUUUGAAAAAAAUAAGAGGAAGGGUUAA